UGAUGCUCACCAGGCUGGAAAGGAUUACAAAACCAUUUCUUAAGAGUUUGGACUCCAACAGUCGACUGUGAGGCAGAUCAUGUACAAACUGAAGACAUCCAACACCCUGCCCUCCCCAGGAGUGUUCGAACAACAAAAAUCUAAAUUUGUAAUAACAGUAGUUAACAUGGCGGGAGGAGUUGUGAGGAGGGAGGGGUUUAAGGGCACUGACAUAUAAGAGGAGAGGCAGAGCAGCUGCAGGGAAUGUGGAGACAAUGAUAUCAGGAAAGCUUUAUGAUCUUUGUUGCUGUUGGCAUCUGUAGCGCGCCUGUAACAUUACAUCAAACUGUGCUUCAGUCUACUUGGAGGAACGCUAUCCACCCAGUGAGCAGCAGGGAGCUGAGUCCUGCUUCUACCUGAUGGACAUGGCGACGAUGUCAUCCAUUGUUUUACUACUUCACCUGUUAUGGUGUGUUAUGCUGUGUAGCAGUUUAGGAGGUGGUGCAGCCAACCACACACAGCUGAGACGCCAGAAGAGGGACUGGGUUAUCCCCACAAAGACUCUUAAGGAGAAUGUUGACUACAGUACGAAAGGCACUGUUGCCAAGAUCAGGUCAGACUGGGAUGAAAAACAGAACAUGUUCUACUUUCUGGUGGGCCACGGGGCCACUGAGGAACCAGUCAACCUGUUUGUUGUUGAUGGGACAACUGGAGAGGUGCGUGUGCGAGGAAAACUGGACCGAGAGGAGAGGGAAACUUACACUCUGACAGGAAUGGCCAGAUUUAAUAACGGCACUGUGGCUGAAGACAAAAUAGACCUGAGAUUUGAUGUGGAGGAUGAGAAUGAUAAUCCGCCUGUUUUUGUCUCUGUACCUCCAGCUAUAGUCAAUGAGUCCAGUCCAGCAGGGACUCUGGUUGCGACGGUUCAAGCUACUGAUGCUGACAAGGCCAGUACCUCCCAUUCUAAGAUCGCCUACCACAUUGAGAAACAGGAGCCAUAUCGUGGAGAACAUUUCUUCUAUAUACACGGAAAAACCGGAUCCAUCUAUGUCAAUGAGGGCACCUUAGACAGAGAGAAUCAAAGUUCCUACAUCUUAACAAUUAAAGGAACUGAUAUGGACGGAAAUCCUGCAGGCAACACAGGCACCUGUACACUUCAUGUCAAAAUAGGGGACAUCAAUGAUAACAUACCCACACUGGAAAAAGAUGAGUAUUCAGUGAGCAUUACAGAGAACACAGCAAAUGUGGAGGUCAUGAGGUUCAAAGUGCAUGAUUCUGAUGAGGAAAACACUGACAACUGGAUGGCUGUUUUUGAUAUCGUCACUGGAAAUGAAGAUGGGGUGUUCAGCAUAAAGACUGACCCCAAAACCAACGAAGGUGUUCUCAUGCUUGAGAAGCCUGUUGAUUUUGAAGAAACUCCUGAUAUCAAACUUGGAGUGGUAGUAUCCAAUGUUGCCUCACCUGUGGGGGAUGGAGGGGGUGAUGGUGGAGGAGGUGGAGGUGGAGCUAAAGGAGGUACUGCUAAAACACCCUCCAGGAAAAAGAGGCCAAAAAAACUUUACGCAGUGAAUAUCGCAGUGCUGAAUCAGCCUGAGGGGGGCACCUUUAAACCCUCAGUGAAGCCCGUCUCUAUUUCAGAGAAUCCAAAGGACAAUCCCUUAAUGGAGGUGAUUGCUGUCUUUGCAGCCACUGACACAGACACUGGGAAGCCUGCAGAAAAUGUUCGAUAUGCUAAAGGAUACGAUCCUGAUAACUGGCUGUUGAUCGACCCAGACACAGCAGAGAUCAGACUUCAAAAGGCCCCAGACAGAGAGUCACCAUUCGUGGUUAAUGGAACCUACUAUGCUGAAAUACUGAGCCUGUCGCAGGACAUACCUUCGAAGACGGCCACAGGAACAAUUGCAUUGCAGGUGGGAGAUGUAAAUGAUAACUGCCCCACACUGACCAACCGCGUUCAAUACAUCUGCUCAGACACUGAAGUGGUUAACAUCACAGCAAAGGAUGAGGAUGGAGAUCCCAACUCUGCCCCUCUCGCCUUCAGCCUUGUGGCUGAGGAGAGGAGGGGGGAGUGGAGGGUUGAACCUUUAAAUGAUACCAGUGCAUCCCUUAGGGCUUUGCGACCACUGUGGCCUGGCCAAUACCGGGUUUCCCUCAUCAUCCAGGACCAGCAGGGCCUCGCCUGUCCUGACCCCCAGCUCCUGGAACUACACGUGUGCACCUGUGAGGAGGGAGGGACCUGCAGGGUAGCGGGUACUAACGCUCAACAAGCUUUUCUCUGGGAAUCGUCAUCCACAUUUGGAGGAGUGGGACUAGGGGCAAUGAUCCUGGGACUUCUGACACUGCUUUUCUUAGGUCUCUUACUGAUAACCUGCUCAUGUGGGGCAGUGCCAGGGACCUUCUCUGAGCUUCCUAUUGACACCAUAGAACACUUGAUUGUCUAUCACACAGAGGGCCGAGGAGAGGACAAGGAUGUCCCUCUACUCAGCCCUCAAGUCCUGAUGACACCUGCUGUCAAAUCUGCUACACAGGCCAACAAAGUAUCUGCCCCCAUGGCUCUUAACAACACUUACAAAUUCAAGUUAGACAGCGAUGGCAUGGUCCAGGAGAGCAGUUAUGGACCAUCACAGGAGAGCUGGACACAGAUGUACUCCGCUGAAAUGGAGGAACAAGUUGGGCAGUAUGGAGGCAUUGAUGACAUUGCUCUCCCUGAUGUGUUCCUGCACCAGUACUACUCCCAGAAUGCGAGCUGUGCAGCAGAGAAGCAGGCAGUGAGGGAUUGUCAGUUGGACUAUGCCUAUGAGGGCCAGGGCUCCUCUGUUGGCUCAAUGGGCUCUUGUAGCCUCCUGCAGUUUGAUGAUGACCUCCAGUUCCUUGAUGACCUCGGGCCAAAGUUCAAGACCCUGGCUGACAUCUGUUCUCCUGCUAGACCUCCAACACCCCCAACACCUGAGAAUAUUGCCAUUCCACAAGUGGAUAAAGCUGACCAUAUUGUUAUGCCCUCACUGGAGACUAAACCACCCAACAUCCAUAGCAAGAUCCUUAAAGAUCACCAAAAUGUCAGCCAGUCAUCCACCAGCCUCAUGGGCUUUAACAGAACGACCACCGGCAGCAUACAUGGCCAGUCAUCACACCGCUCCGGCACCAUGGCUCAUUCAACUCCCAUCAGCGCUGUUACCACGGCUAUGCUGCCCCCUGCUGGUCAGCAGCUUCUACUGCAGCAGCAGCCUGUCUACUACACCACCACCCCUGUGCUGCAGCAGAUGCACUACUUAGUUCAGCCACAGCUUCAGAGCACAGUGCUCCUGCAGGCGCCUGUCACCAACCUGCAGGGUAUGGUUCUGCUUAAGGGACACUCAGGACACACUGAGCACAUCCUGCAUGGGGCAAACACUGCUGGGACUUCAACUCUAGGUGGAACCAGGCUAGGGAGUGUGCCAAAGGAGAUCAAGGGAGUGGGGACAUGCUCAAGGUCUGAGGGCCCAGAAGUAGUGACGGGUAUCAGGAAGAGUAGUUGGAUCAAGUCAGAGGGUGGAGCUAGGGCCGAGCAGUGUCAUGCUAACAUAGAGAUGCUACCAGCCACUCAGAACAUCACACUGAUAGAUAGACAAAUCGGUGUGGGAGCAGCAAGAUAUGAAGAAGGGCAGGUAGUGUUCACAGAGAGAGCUAAGAAGAGAAGAACUCAGUCAACAUCAGCAGAGACAGGUUAAACUGUUUGAAACAACAAACAAGCAAACAUGCCAACAAAUAACCAACAAACAAAACAAAGAAAAAAGCAAAAACAAUGCUUCAAUUAUACAGUGAGCCAAAACAAUGUCUUUACCAAAAGUCCAUUGAACAAUAUUUAUAGAGAACUCUUUUUGGCAUUUUGCAUUUUCCAAACAUGAAAUGAAAGGUGACCAAAGUCAUUGAAAGUUUGUCCACAUUUUUUUUUUCCCAAUAACAGCUUCUCUAGGCAAAGAAAAAAGAAAUAAAUUAAAAGUUGGAGCAGUCUUGUCUUUCCAACACAACAAAAUACAUUAUUUUGCAAAAUAUGCAAUGAUGAUAACUAUUCUUAAUUUUAAUUUAUCUAAGUUCUGAUUUGUUGUGGGAUUUAAUUAAAAAAUUUAAAAAAGAAUUGAACUAAAUUUCAGUAUCUAGCAUUGAUUUUGUGAAGUUAUAUAUUGAUCUCUGAUUUCUCACACUCCCAGAAACAUGAGCCAAAGUGCCAUCUGCUGUCUCACAUCUCAGACAGUUUGGGGAGUUUUCUUUAGCUGGAAUGAGUUCUGACAACAUGAACAUGUGAUUUACAAAUGACAUUGUAACAAAUGACUAUUUCCUUAACUCACUAAAUCUGUCAUGGAUUACCAAACUGUUUUCUAUUUUUAGUGCAGAUAAAGUUGCAGUGAAAUGCACAUUAUAUUAUACAUUUUUUUCUUUUUUCCUUUUUCAUUACACAUUAAAUUUCAGAUAUUUAACAACUACUGAUUAUAUCACAAGUCACAUUUUUAGAUCUUAAGAAAUAAAACACUUUGAUUAAACAUUGACUAUUGUAUGUAAGAUUAUAAGAUUUUCUUGUGUUUUAUCUCAGUUGUAUUAUACUUGUAAUAGCAACUUGCAAUUGUAUGUGUAUGCUCAAAUAAGUAUUAACUGUAAAUGAAAGUGCUUUCAGUGUGCUAUAUGACUAUAGACUAUUAGGUGAUUAAAGUGUCUGCAGGAAAUC